AUUACUUAUUGCCAAAGAACUACAUAUAAACAUAACCUGAAUUUAAUUUGAGAUUCUUAAAAAAUGUCCCUUUUAACCAAGGUAUUAUUCCGUAAGAAAAUACCAAAAAUACUUGCAGGGCAUAUCAAAAAUCUUUCAACUCAAAAUGAAAAGGUAAAUAAUGAUGAAAGAGAAACACACUUUGGAUUUGAAAAAGUUAAAGAAAGCGAAAAACAACAUAAAGUGCACGAAGUUUUCGAAAAUGUUGCAAAAGACUACGACGUAAUGAACGAUGCUAUGUCCCUAGGUAUCCAUCGAAUUUGGAAAGAUUAUUUCAUGUGUUCAUUAUCUCCAACACAUAAUACAAAACUGUUGGAUGUUGCAGGUGGCACAGGUGAUAUAGCAUUUCGGUUCAUAGAUUAUGUAAAAACUGAAAACCUCAAUGACUGUCAUGUUACAGUAACAGAUAUAAAUGCAAAUAUGCUAGAAGUAGGUAAAAUAAGAAGUUUCAACUUGAAACAUGAACCUAGUCUGAUAUCUUGGCAAGAAGGAAAUGCAGAACAAUUGCCUUUUAAAGAAAACUCUUUCAAUGCAUAUACAAUUGCUUUUGGAAUUAGGAAUUGUACCCACAUAGACAAGGUUUUAGAGGAAGCUUACAGAGUAUUACAGCCUGGUGGAAGGUUUAUGUGUUUAGAGUUUAGUCAUUUAGAAAAUUCUGCAGCUCAGUGGUAAGUGUUGACCAGCUACACAAUUUUCAUAUUAAACAUAUCCAUUUUCAGGGCAUAUGAUCAAUACAGUUUUCAAGUUAUCCCAGUUUUGGGACAACUGAUUGCAGGGGAAUGGAAAGCCUAUCAGUAUUUGGUAGAAAGUAUUAGACAGUUUCCUAAUCAGGAGAGCUUCAAGCAGAUGAUUGAAGAAGCAGGAUUUAGACAAGUAUCAUAUGAGAAUUUAACUUUAGGUGUUGUGGCUAUACAUUCAGGUUUUAAAUUAUAAAAUAACUAUAAACAAAGUUUUUUAUUCAUAGAAUUAAGUCC